AUGUAUACUACUUAUUCUUAUUAUGAUAUACUUGAAAUUUCAGAAAACGCUUCCAUAGAAGAAAUCAAACAAAAAUUCCAAAAAUUGUUACUUCAUCAUCAUCCAGAUAAAUUUCAACAAUUUCAACAAAAAAGUUUAUUAAAACCUACAACUAAUAAUAAGUCUGAUGAGAUUUCAAAUGUAACAAAUAGUAAUAAAAUCAAAGUAAAUGAUGACAAGAUAAAUAAAAUUCUUGAAGCAUGGCACGUUUUAAGAGAUCCAGAAUCAAGAAAGAUUUAUGAUAACAAUUUAAGAGAGGUUGAUUUAGAUGAUAUGGAAUAUAAUGAAGAUAUGAAGUCAUAUUCAAUUUCUUGUCGUUGUAAUGGUUUAUACAUUAUAAGUGAAGAUGAUUUGGAUCAAGGUGCAA